AUGCUGACUUUACCUGCUUUUCUGCUCUACCAGGAAAUGACAGCAUUCCUACGUCAAGUGCGUUCCCCUCCGACCUCCUUCGUCCAGACGGUGGCGUCCCUCUGCCUGGCCGCCAUGGCGCUGCUGUCCUCCUACUGGUGUGUGGGCAGGCAGAAGGUGCCCAAGCCGCUGUGUUCGCCCGUCAAGCACAACAAAUGCAUCCCCGUCCCCGGCGUGUCCAACUCCUCCAGCAUCCAGUUCUCCUGGGAGACCGGAGACGACCGCUUCGUCUUCCCCACCUUCCACACCGGCCUCUUCCUCAUCUGCGAGGAGAACAUCUACACGGACGCUUGGGAGGAGAAAUGUCGAGGGUUCCACACGCUGACUCCAGGAUCAGAAAAAGCAAUGAUGUGGCUGUCGCUGUCCUUGGAGCUGAUGUACGUGGGCCUGCUGCUGGUCAGCUGCACCCUGCUGUCCGUGCAGUUGUGCAUCAGGGCCUGGUGGCCCUCCACGCAGCGCUGGGGCCAGCUGCUCAACGCCUUCGCUGCCGUCUUCACCGUCCUAGGAGGUCUGCUCGGAAUGGUGGGUCACAUGAUGUUCAUGCAGGUGUUCCAGACUACAGUCUCCAUGGGCCCUGAGGACUUUAAACCACACAGUUAUGGCUACUCCUGGGCCUUUUAUGUGGCCUGGUUGGCCUUCACUGUCUGCAUGUCGGCCGGCGUCUCCACCCUGAACGACUACACCAAGAAGGUGCUGAUGGUGGGUCCCAGGCUUAACUACGGCCUGAACCCCUUUAACUUCCACUUCAUGGGACUUCUUCCACCGGCUCCUUCUUACACCGCCCCAUACUCUGGCAUCCACCAGUCCCAAUACCAGAUCUCCCACUUGUCCCCGUACUACGCACCCCCAUCAACCAAGAUACCGCCGCCUGCCAAGACCUCACAUUCCAGCCCUGUACGCCACUCUGUGUCCUUCCCUCCUCCGUCCUCCCACCCUGUAUCCGCCUCUCCUUUACAUCGGUUGUCUCUCCGAUCUUCGUCCCACUCGACCAGCUCGCCUGUUGUUGUCCACGGACUCCUGGCGGCCCCCCUUUAUACACCAGAGCAGGACUGCAGCCCUCUUUAACCUUUUUAAUUCCAGCUCUUCUUGGUACGGUUUGUUUUGUCAAGUG